CAAAGACAAAGCAUCUAUCUCAUCAUCAGAUCGGAUAACUUUUCUCAUUCUGUGCCCGCACCUUAUACGCUGCCGACCUUAACCAGACCCCGUAUCAAUCACUAAGAUACUUAGCACUAUGGUUACCUCUCAAGGCAUAGCCACUGCGGCUACUCCCGCAAAGCAAGACCUUGGAGCCACCAUGCCGCCAAACUAUAACGCCCGCCCCGGAGAGCUGCAGACAUUUGAGCUUCCGGCCCAGGUCAGUGGCACUCCAAAAGAUGUCGAGCUGGGAAAGGCGUUAGUGGAUGCCUGGCGCAGUGAUGGAAUCCUCCAGAUCUCCAUGAAAGACACCAAAAAGUCUCUUAUGGAUGAGGUCUUCGAUGCCAGCAAGGGAUUCUUUCAAAAGCCUCAUAGCGAAAAGGCGGCUUGUGUUGACUCGCAGAGUUAUUCUGGCUAUAUAGCGUCCGCUGAAGAGAUUACGGACGGUAUACCAGACUACUCGGAGAUCUUUACUGUCACCAAAGAUUUGGAUUUGUCUGAGCCACGGGUGAAGAACCACUGGCCCUGCCAUGGCCCGUGUCCAUGGCCAGACUUGGAGAUGAAAGAUCCCAUGGAGCAGUAUAUGGAGUACCUUGGCCAGAGCGGAGAGAAGCUCCUCCAGCUUAUAGAGUGUGGACUCGGUGUCCCACCAGGAUCUCUGACCAACUAUACAAGCGAUGGCUGGCAUCACAUGCGUAUCCUCAGGUUCCCCGCCGUGAGCAACACGAAUGGGAAAGGCAAAGAAGGUCGUGGCAUAGGCUCCCAUACAGACUACGGUCUGCUGGUCAUUGCUGCCCAAGACGAAGUGGGAGGCUUGUUCAUCCGCCCCCCUUCAGCCGAUGAAGCUACUGCAAAUUGGGAAGAAAGUGCAGCAGGAUUCCACGAGGACGACUCUGGCUGGGUUUACGUGCCACCAAUGCCCGAUGUUUUCACAGUAUUCCCCGGUGAUAUGAUGCAAUAUUUGACCGACUCUUAUCUCCCGUCCACACCACACAAGGUGGGCCUUAACACUCGUGAGCGCUUUGCAUUCGCCUACUUCCAUGAGCCGAGCUUCCAAUCAGUGUUGCGUCCUCUCCCAGGAUAUGACGGGGGGCAGAAGCCUAGGGAGGGUAUUCAUUAUGGAACGCAUUUUACGAACAUGUUUAUGCGGAACUAUCCAGAUCGUAUCACUAGCAAGCGAAUGAUCAGAGAGAAUAGACGAGAGCUGCUAACCAGUCCUGAGCUGAGGACUUAAGCAUCGGGGAUGCGUGAAAGCAGGAUAUUUGCUUUUGGACCAACGAUCAUGCCUUCAACAGGUGAAACAGUCGUGGGCAAAAGCAUGGAGUUGGGCGGCCCGGCCCGAUGACUGAAUGAUGGAUAUUUUCAACCUUCCUUUAUCUGAUAAUGUUGCAAUUGCGCUUGAUUAUUCUUUUGGAGUAUCUGUUGAUCUUUUAUUUUUAUGCUCUGAAGGC